AUGACAGAGUACACCACGUCUUCCGAGGCCGUACGGGAGUACAUGACUGCCCGUGAGCGCACAGCGCUGUGGGUACAGACUUAUACGCAAGAUGGUGCGGACCCCUCCUUUGUUUCGCCGUCCUCACCGCCCUCCGCGAUUAGUGACUCGGAUGCACCAAGCUACGGGCCUGAUUCAGAUGACGAAAGCAGCCACUCUGUGCCGCCGCGUAUGGUGUUGCGCUACGGAGACGGCCGCCCGGACAUCCCCAUCUCCACGCAUGCCGUCCCACCCAGCGGUUCGCGUUCCGGACUGAGACCGAGAGUGAGCGCGCCCAUGGCACCUCCUCAGGCCCCUGCUCCAUCACAUAUCCGCUCGAAAUCGGGUUCAAACAUCCCUGAUGCGCCGCCGAACAUGGCGUCUCGUCACCUGCAGUCUUUGUCCUACGUCACGGAGUAUCCUCCCGCAGUGCCAGGCACGCUCAAGCCCGCGACACCUCCUAGAUCGCCGGAGAGCAUCGUGGUACUGCCCUCGAGGCAAGGCGAUGAACCGCCACACUCCGCAGUUUCAACACCUCGCAACCCUUCACACCAGUCACACCACUCGCAUUCAGGCUCACGCUCGCAUUCACGAUCGCCCUCAUCUCAGGUAGCUCUCGACCAAGCCAACUACUCGCCUCAACGUAGUCGUGGCGACGUCCCAUCGUACCAACCUUCGCAUUCUAGCAUUGUAGCACCAGCACCUAAACGCGCCUUUGAUCCGGCCCAGAUCCCUCUCCCGAACUCUUCUCCCUCGAUCGCGUACUCGCAAUCACAACCUCUACCUCAGAGAGGGCACGAGUUCGAUGCCCGCGCUCCAUCCGCUCGCGUCCAAUCUCAGCUCCCAUACGCGUACUCGCCUCCUGCCAUUGUCUACGCACCGUCAUCGAAGCAUUCAAAGUCACGCUACACGCCACCUGCGAUCGUAUAUUCUCCGUCAAACAGUCACCACCCUCAUUCACAUCACGCCGCCCCGUCUCUCACAUAUAGCCACUCGGCUCCCUUACCGCCGCCCUCACAUAGGUCGCAUGCUGGCUCAGCGGCCUAUCAGUCGGCGCACGGGUCUGCGACCCACUAUCCACCCGGUCCCAUUCCUGAAGAGCCCACGAAUCCACGCCCACGCAGUCACGGUCGCAGCCGCUCUGGCAGUGUAGCUCGCAGCCGGACGCCGGGCCAGAAUGUCGUCUACGUCGACCACCCACGCAACGCCCCUACGCGCGCAAGCAGUCCCGCAGAGUCGUUUGAUGGCAGCGACCGCGGCAGCAGGACGUCCGGCAGCACCUACUACGUGCUGCCGACGCCUGGACAGAAGGUCAAGCUAAUCGUCCCGAAUUCCGCGUCUAUUUACACGGCCACAUCUACGACCAAAUCUGCGCACUCGCCCCAGUCCGCGCACUCUGGGCCCAAGAAGCCUUUCUUCCAGCGCAUCUUCCACCUCCCACGCCUUCCGGGUUCUGGCUCGAGCACCGAUUCAAGAGGGCAUGCUGGUCCGGGCCGGAGCGGUAAUGCCCACCUAUGGCGGAUACCGUGGUGGCGCGCGCUGUACGGGCGCCACCGCGCCUAAAACUGGGGUGCUCGGCCCCAUGGGAAGGAUAGAGUGUGCGCGCUGAGCAGUAUGCGUGUGGUUCUUGUCAUCGUGAUCUUCGUGUUCCCACUUUGUGAGGGAGGAGGUCCGUUCCUGUACCAGUGAGACUCGGACUCGUCAAACAUCUAGACGGUCGCUUGUCAAUCUUUAGGACCCUUGAAUGUGAUUCGCGCCUUGGGGCCAAGAGUUUCU